CAUCUGAACCCAUUUGAAGGGAGCAUAUUUAUUUAUAAUGGCCUCCAACAUCAUAUAUUAAUUAAUAAACCGAAAAGAGGAGCGGCGACAUGACGACAGAAUGGAUUGGGGUUCUUUCUUCCUUUACAAUUGGAAUUGGGGGAAGGUUGUAAUUAUAACACAGAGUCAGUCAGAUAUGAAAUCUUUGUUUGGGAGUCCGGGGAACCCAACUGGGCUUCUGUUGAGGAUGGGUCAGUGCUUAUUUGCUGCUGCUUCUCUUGCUCUCAUGGCUUCUGCUUCUGGCUUCUCCACUGCUACCUCCUUCUGGUCUCUCUCCCUCUCUCUCUCAAAUCUGGUGUUGUGGAGUUUUGGACUUGCCUGCCUUGAUAUCCAUGCACUAAGGUUAAAGAAAGAUCUGCACAAUCAUAUCUUCUUGAGCCUUCUUGUGGUUGGUGACUGGGUGACAGCGAUUCUAUCGCUUGCAGCUGCUUGUUCGUCAGCUGGAGUCAUGGUUUUGUUCGUGAAAGACACAGAUAUAUGCAGAUCACACAACCUUUUAUCAUGUAAUACAUUUCAGAUCUCCAUAGCUUUGGCUUUUGUGGCAUGGUUUCUUCUUGCGGUUUCUUCGUAUGUCAUGUUUUGGUUGUUGGCCACUAUUUGAUUUCGUGUUGUUGAAUUGCCUCUGACUGUAAAUAUCGUGUUGUUGAGUAAAAAAAAUUAUGGGUUUUGUUAUCUCAA